UAAGGACAAAGGAAAAUGAAGAAUCGAUUAUAAAAAGAAAAAAAAGAGGACAAAAAAUUAUUAAUUCUCCCUAAGACAACGCAAAUAAAAGGAAAAUAUUUUCGUGAAUAUUUAAAGCUUCGGAUGUAAACAAAAGCAUAGAAAACGGAAAGAAAACAUAGAAAGUGGGAAAAAUGAUACGACUGUCGCCAAAAAUCAAGCACAAACUAUACCAAAAGAGACAUGUAGUGUUUCUUAUUAUCUUGAUGUUCCUUGUGACGCUGAUGGCCCUAACAAGCCCACACGGCAAAGGGGCUUUUAUCAGCAAUGAGAACGACGAACUUCUCAAAACCCUUUGGCAGGAGAAACAGCGAGGACAGGUGAAUCAGGGGACUCAUCAGGUGAAUCAAGGGACUCAUCAGGUGAAUCAGCUGGUGGAACAGGUGGAGGAAUUGGCCAAAGGUCCUCUAAAGGAUGACGACCCGGAUCUACUGAGGUUACUGAGAGAGAGAUACCUUUCAAAACCCAGCGACAAACCAGCUGAUUUGAUGCUGAACCGAGAGGGCGCGCGAGCUAAGAAUUACAACAUCUACAGAACGGCUUUUCAUUCUUGGAUUCACAUUAACAAGAUCUUGAAGAAGCUAUUCUCCGACGAACCGCCCCAUUUCUUCGUCGAGGCUGGGGCUCUGGACGGCGAGUUCAUCUCCAACACCUUGUACCUGGAGCAGGACCUCGGCUGGACUGGACUGCUGGUCGAGGCUGACCCUCUCUUAUACGCUGCGUUGCCAGGUAAAAACCGGAAGUCUUGGAGCUCCCAGACGUGUCUCUCCCCCUCCAACGUCGCUGAGAGACUGACCUUCGAGACGUAUGAACCGAGAGAUGAUCGGGAUGUCGCGGCUGCCUUGUUGGUCAGGUCAACGGGCAACCUCGCCGGCGUCCACUCUCCGGCCAUGGGUCAGAUGGGGUCAAAAAUCCCAGUGGAGGUCCAGUGCUUCCCCCUCUUCUCGUACCUGCUCGCCCUCAACGCCACCUCCGUCGGUUACGUCAGCCUCGACGUCGAAGGAGCCGAGGCCGAGAUCCUCCUCCACCUGCCCUGGGAUCGAGUGGACGUCAAAGUGUGGAAUAUCGAGCACAGGGCGACCAACGAGGGCUUCAAGGUCCACUACGAGGAGCCCUGGGGUCUCCGUGCACCUCCACCUCCUCCUCCAUCUCGUCCUCAUCCCCCUCCUCCUUCCGGUUCGGUUGGAGGACGCGAAGGAGAUGGAGGGAGAGAAGGAAGGGGGGAUUCAGGGGAAGAAGAAGUCCCUCCGCCCAAGAAGAUUGUUUACGUGACCCAGCAUGACCCCGCUGAGGGGAAGGACCCUUACCUGGUCAGAUUUAUGAGGGAAAAGGGAUAUCGACUCUAUGACUACUGGGAUGGGGAUUAUACGUUCGUCAAGGCUGACUCGGAAAUCUGUCGAAAACACUGCACAGUCGAGGUCGAGUGGAGUCGAAUAGGCCUAUGUACCGUAUUCUCUUCUAGGUCGAGGUCGAAUAGGCCUAUGUACCGGUCGAGGUCGAAUAGGCCUAUGUACCGUUCUCUUCUAGGUUUCGAAUAG